AUGACUACCUCUAAGCACGCCGAGAAGGGCCCCCCUUUCAGCUCUGUGGACAAUGAUUCGGGACAUGGCUCCAAUAUAGAUAUCGGUGUUGGCAGCAUCUUGAACACAAAGGCCGGUUCCCAGGCGUUGCAUCGCAAGCUUCGAGGAAAGGAAGUCCAGCUCUUUGCUAUUGGUGGAGCAAUUGGCACAUCUCUAUACGUUCAAAUGGGUGCUGCUUUGCCUAAGGGCGGUCCUGCAGGCCUCUUCAUUGCCUUCAUCAUAUGGGGCUGCGUCAUGUGGGCGGUGAAUGAGUGCUUCGCUGAGAUGGUAACCUACGUGCCUGUGCCGUCGCCUUUCGUCCGCUUUGCAGGCGAGUGGGUUGAUGAGGCAUUGGGAUUCGCCAUGGCAUGGAACUUCUUUCUCAACAUGGCGAUCCUCGUCCCUUUUGAGAUUGUCGCCAUGGGCAUCAUGAUCACCUUUUGGACCGACGCUGUCCCAAUUGUCGCGAUUAUCGUACCCAUGAUUGCUCUAUAUGCCCUUCUCAAUAUCAUUACUGUCCGAUAUUUCGGAAUUUCCGAGUUCUACCUUUCCAUAUUCAAGGUAUUGCUAAUGAUUGGCUUAUUCUUCUUUACCUUUAUCACUAUGGUCGGUGGCAAUCCGCUCCAGGAUGCAUAUGGGUUCAGAUUUUGGCAAAGCCCUGGGGCCUUCGUGGAGCACAACGCUUCCGGGAAUACGGGUAGAUUCCUUGGCAUCUUGUCCUGCAUGUACCAGGCGAGCUUUUCGGUUUGCGGACCUGAGUACAUUUCGAUGGUGGCUGCUGAGGCGGAGAACCCUCGCCGGAUUCUGCCACCGGCUUACAGGUCUUUCGUAUGGAGGAUCUUAUUCUUUUUCGUCGGCUCCGCGCUAUGCAUGGGAAUCGUGAUUCCGUAUGACGAUUCAACCUUGGCAGUCAUCCUGGGAGGUGAAAGCGGAGGAAAAGGCACUGGUGCGGCAUCGCCUUACAUUAUUGCUAUGAACCGCUUGCAGAUACACGUUCUCCCCCACAUUGUCAACGCCCUCAUCAUGACGUCCAUCUUCAGUGCUGGGAACGGCUUACUCUUUUCAGCCACACGCGUUCUCCAUGGCAUGUCCCUCACGGGUUACGCGCCAAAGGUAUUUUCACGGUGCACCAAGAACGGCGUGCCAUUAUACUCGCUACUUCUCUCCCUAUCCUUCUGCUUGCUGGCCUUCAUGCAGCUUAGUAGCACAUCGGCAGACGUUCUGGUCUAUCUGGUGGACCUGAUAACUUGCUGUCAACUUCUUAAUUACGGUUUCACGGCACUGACUUAUCGGCACUUUUACGCGGCGCUGAAGAAACAAGGAAUAUCACGAGAGACCCUACCUUACAAAGGUAGAUUCCAGCCGUAUACUUCAUACUUCGCUAUGGGUGGCACCUUGUUCAUGCUUCUGGCUGCCGGAUACGACCUGUUUCUGACUGGGGGGUGGGAUGUGAUGUGGUUCUUCUUGGACUACGGAAUGAUUGGCUUCUUUAUUUUGGCCUUUAUUGGCUGGAAGCUUUUCUUCAAAACACGUUAUGUCAGACCUGGCACUGCAGAAAUUAGCCUAGGCGGGAUCAAAGAGGAGAUUGAUCAAUAUGAAGCUUUGUAUAUACCUCGGGAACCCGGAAGGGUAGGCAGGCUGAUCAAUAAGGUGUUUGAGUGA